UAAGAACUCAAGUCUACUAUAACUGGCUUUCACAAGACAACAUCUGCGUAAAUCUUUUCUAAGCUAAAAGAUUAAUGCAUCCGUGUUCUUAUUGCGUUAAUAUCAUCCAUUCUAAGUAUUAUCACAAGUCGUCUCGAGAUUUUAUGACGCUUUGAUGAGAUAGUCAUCUUUAAUCUUUAACAUUGCGUACUUGGUGGUUUAGCCUCUGUUCGUCCAGGCUUGGUUGUCGGUUGUCGGUUGUCAGUUGUCGACUUACACGGCGAUUAUACGUUCUAACGACUAUACAACUUGGCAACUAUACUAUUGCCGUAUGAACCUUUCGAAUCGACAAGUACAUGAAUACAAUGAUACAUGAGCUCUUUUCGAAAGCCUUAAACGACUAAGCCAUCACUGAAUUUACAGACUCUUUCCUCAUUCUCUAGAGUGCUCUUCUCUUCUAAAUUCACGAUAACUACCUAUUUACUUGACCUAUCAUUCCUACCCUAGGUACUUUACCUAAUAUUUUCUCAUUUCUCUUUCCCCCAACCCUACGAGGAAGCAAAAGUUCUCUUUUCAGUCCGGACAUCUUGAUCGAUGCGAGUGUUCCUGCCUAACGAAUAUACGGGCACUAUUUUCCCUCUUCUACAAAUACAUUCGACUCGUCUUCUCGAACCACACAUAGCCUUGUUCAACUCCUCUCUUCUACCGCAAUGAAUAACCCCUCCCCCUCAUCCGCCAUGGGUUCUGACGACGAAAUUUCCACUUUUCGUAUCGUGAAAAGUGAUGGAGUAGUAUUCUCUGAAGACCGCGUGGGACUCAAAAGAGCAUAUCCAAGUUCCGAAGAUAACUGGCUACGUAAGCUCGGAGAGAUGUUAGGCUCACAAUUCUACCCUAAAUCAAACUACAAAUUCGUCUUAGAGGCGUUCCCGAGGAACUACACUCUCCGACAGAAAUUCCGAGAAGCUAAAAGCACUUCCGACGCGGCCUCUUCAGAUACAGCCGUAGGCAAAGGCGCUUCGGAUUGCUACCUAUAUGGAUAUCCAGAUCUCGGGACCAAAGGCCGUAGUAAGGCCACGCUCAAGAGCUACAGAUCCCCAGCUGAAUUCUUUGACCACUUGUUGUGGUUGGUAACUGAUGGCGAAGACCGAUCCAAGUGUUAUUGCAAACAUUGCAAGUCACACAACGGUUCUCAAACAAAGACACCGACUACAAAGGCUCAGGUUCCGGCUAGAUCUGGCCCUGCCGCGAAACUGUCGGGACCACUCGGUGGUAAUUCCCCAGCACAGUCCGCUACAACGUCUACCGCGUCCAGUCCGGCACCCAGCGGCCCCUCAGGAACCUCAGUAAUCUCAGGAACAUCGGGAACAUCAGCCCAAAGAGUCGCCUCUGCCGCAUUGACAACGCAAGCAGCGACAAGUCCUGCCCCAGUGGUGAUUCAACAUGACGAGCCUCCACUCUUUAGGGAGGGAGAAGUCGUGUGGUACAUCUUACACCCUUCCUUCCGCUUGGGGCUUGUCAUACAAAACCUGCCUAGCGACCCAACUACUUCAACUCCUGCUAUGCAUAAAAUAAAGCCUUUGUCGCACUCGCUAAGAGCCCUUGGAGAUGUUAUACAGCCCGAGGCUGAUAUGAGGCCAUUCCUGGCGUUUAGUGUCCCCGCUCCUCAUCCAAUCCUCGACAAGUUCGCCAAUCACCCUAUAGAAGCGAUCCCGUGGGAUGCACUGGAGGCCCAGGUCAGCAAGAUAGACGGAGCACUAAGCGUUGAAGCCUCUAAAGUAGGCGCAAGUCGUGUCGACCACUCGUAUUCUCUGUUCAACCCCCUCAUGGACGCUACGCUCCAACCUAACCAACAGAGUUUCGGUGGUGUGUUCUUCGGCUGCGAAAAGAUCUGCACAUUCGAGGCCAUCCGAGUACGGCUCGAGCAGGCUGAGCAUCCGGAGUGGGAUAAUCCCGAGCUUCCUUUCGCUAUGGUGGUUAGGAAAAUCGUGCUGGAGGGAACAGAUAAGGGAGAAGAGCUCUUCUUCCACGGCGACCUCUGGCUUCUGCAGGAGACCGACUCGCCGGUCCACGGAGAUACACUGAAAUACGUCACCCAGGCCAUGGUCCGCGAGAAAAUGUUUCGAGACAGAGUGAAGCACACAUCGAACACACAUUUCGAGUGGGUCCUGAUCCAGAAUCCCAUCAAGAAGUCCGAGGCGUACGUCCGAGGACGGUUCCACGAGUCCGAGAAGCUAGGCCCGUUGCUCGAUACAAACUGGACCGCAACAGUACAGCAGGGGCACUUCAUGCCCGCCCAUCACAAGUCUCUGAACAACCGCGGCGACUCCAAGAGCUUCAACGUCGGCCGAAAGGAGUCGCGUUCGGAUACAUUCGCCGGCAUCUUCCCGCCAGGCACCGUCCUGUCUUUCGGACCUGACGUCGUGGAGCGGCCCGGAAACACAUACUAUCCUCAUUAGGUAGUCAUGCAGUACUGCGAUAGAUGAGACUGUGGUGAUUGCAUGGCCCUCGUUUAAGGUUACGAUGGAUUAGCUGGUUGGCGGCUUUGCAUAUCCAGCAUAAUACCGGCGCUGGCAAUGAAGUUCGCCUUCUCGGGCGGUAGAGGCAAAGGCAGGGCACGAUUAGGAUAGGGGGAAUGGUAUUAUCAAUCAUGUUUUUUUAUUAGCUUUCUUUUUCUUUU